AAGUGAUAGCCUGCCACCUAUGUUUACCUAACAUCUGGCAGGGUCUGAUGAGACUUUUCACUGCUUCUACUAAAGGAUUUCCCCAACAGAACCAGGAGCUUAAUGAGAUCAUGAUUUUAGAAGGAACUGGCAGGAUGAGUCUUAAUUCCGUCCCAAGUCUUCUCCAUGAACAGCCGUCCUGGACAGAUGGAUAUCCCACAUGUAAUGUAUCAGGCAGUUUUUUUGGAACUCAGUGGCAUGAAAUACAUCCUCAAUACUGGACGAAGUACCAGGUCUGGGAAUGGCUCCAGCAUCUCUUGGACACCAACCAGUUGGAUGCUUCCUGUAUUCCUUUCCAGGAGUUUGAUAUCAGUGGAGAACACUUGUGCAAUAUGAAUUUGCAAGAUUUCACUCGGGCCGCUGGCACAGCUGGACAGCUUCUUUAUAGCAACCUUCAGCAUCUGAAGUGGAAUGGUCAAUGUGGAAGUGAAAUGUACCCAUCACACAAUGCCAUUGUUAAAACAGAACAAGCAGAUCCAUCUGUAAUGACAUCGUGGAAAGGAGAGAAUUAUUUCUAUGACAGUGGAUAUGGUGGCACAGUAGAAUUACUGGACAGCAAGGCCUAUUGUCGAGCACAGAUUUCAAUCAAUGCUUCUACUCACCAAGCUGCUGAAGAUUCUUCAGAUGUAAAAAAAGCACAGGACCACCUUCCAAAAUCCCACAGCAAGAAGCACACUCCUCGAGGAACUCACUUGUGGGAAUUCAUCCGAGACAUUCUCCUGCAUCCAGAGAGGAACCCAGGGUUAAUAAAAUGGGAGGAUCGGACUGAAGGUGUCUUCAGAUUCCUAAAAUCAGAGGCAGUGGCUCAACUGUGGGGAAAGAAGAAAAACAAUAACAGCAUGACUUAUGAGAAACUCAGCCGCGCCAUGAGAUACUAUUACAAAAGAGAAAUUCUUGAGCGAGUUGAUGGUAGAAGACUGGUAUAUAAAUUUGGAAAGAAUGCCCGUGGAUGGAGAGAAAAUGAGAACUAG